GCUGGCAGUCGACGCGUUCACAACACAAACACGUGGACAGCAAAGCAUGAAAAUGCUCCCAGUCUUCUACUUAACGGACUAUUGGGACCAAAUCGGUGAUCCGCGCACACGUGACCUGCCCUUCGUGUCGGGCGGCAUCUGGAAAAUCCUGUCCGUAAUGAGUGCCUACCUAUUGAUCACACGGACUAUACUGCCGGCGCACAUGAAGCACAGGGAGGCCUACAACACCCGGACGUCGAUGUUUGUGUAUAACUGCGCGAUGGUUGUGGCGAACGCCUACCUGUUCGUGGAGGCCAUCGGGAACUGUGACUUCGGGCGCAUAUUCUUGAACUUCCAAUACCCCGACCAAAGCGACCGCUCAGAGCAGACAAUGCGCUUCCUGUGGGUCGAGUGGCUCUUCUGGAUGACCCGAUUCAUGGAUCUCUUGGACACCGUGUUCUUCGUGCUCCGCAAGAAGGACAGUCAGAUCACAUUCCUCCACCUCUACCACCACUCGGUCGUACCGGUGCUCUGUUGGCUGUGUCUCAAAGUGAACCCAAUGGCGCCCAUUGUGCGCCUCUUUGGUGUCUGCAAUACACUGAUCCACGUAAUUAUGUACACCUAUUACGCGUUGGCCAGCUUUGGUCCCGCCGUUCAGAAGUACUUGUGGUGGAAGAAGUACUUAACCCUCGUCCAGAUCAUUCAGUUCGCCAUCUGUGGCACCUAUGGUCUCAUUCUCUACUUCUUGCAAACGGGUUAUCCCAUGGGAUGGUUCAUUGUGGCCGUCGGACAGAAUCCCCUAUUCUUCGCCCUAUUCUUCGACUUCUAUCGACAGUCGUAUCGCAAGAAGUCUCACUCCCAGUGA